GUCACGAACAGAUUUUUGAUCGUGCGUAUUGUAAACAAUAACUUAGUUCAAUGUACUGCAAGUACAUUAUUAGUCAUAUUUGUUCCUCGAAUUAGAUAAAACUACUGUUGCAUCAAAUGCACGAAAUAGGUAUUACAUUCAGUAGUGUAGUGACGUAACAGAAUGGACGUGGAUGAUCCUAGGACACCGCUACUUGGGCAUGCAGCGGCCGAGCCGAGCCGCGUCCGUCGCGCCGCGUCGAAGCUGUGCGGUUUGGAGUCCUGGCGGCGGCGGGUCCCCAUCACAACAUGGCUGCCGAACUACAAGUCGAAAUAUUUGUUCAGGGACUUCAUAGCCGGUUUGACUGUGGGCCUGACCUCCAUUCCUCAAGGAAUCGCUUACGCCAUCAUAGCAGGACUGCCACCUCAGGUUGGCCUAUACUCCAGCAUCUUCCCCGGUCUCGUGUACGCUAUAUUGGGCAGCUGUAAGGACGUCACCGUCGGCCCGACGGCCAUACUGGCGGCCCUGCUCGCCAGAUAUGUCGCCAAAGCCGAGGCGUUUGCAUAUCUGGCUUCGUUCCUGUCCGGAUGUGUUAUUAUGCUGCUCGGGGCGUUGCAGUUAGGAUUCCUGUUGGAUUUCAUUUCUAAACCGGUCAUCAGCGGGUUCACCGCGGCGGCCGCGCUGCAGAUCGGCGCCGCGCAGCUCAAGUCACUCUUCAGACUGACAGGAUCAUCCGGUAGUACAUUUCUGGAGGCCGUAAUCAAUUUCUUCAAGAAUAUAAAAACAAUACAUUUGUGGGACACCGUUUUAGGCGUCACCUGUAUAAUUUUACUGUUGCUGUUGAAGCGUUUAAGGCUUUCAACUGACGAGAAUUCAAGCCUUGCGCGACGCAGGCUGGCGAGUGUGUGCCUGCACGUGAUGCGCGCGCGCAACGCACUCGUCGUGUUCGCGGCCGCUCUACUGGCGUAUCUGCUGUCUUUGAAGGGAACCCUGCCCUUCGCACUCACUGGUACUAUAACCGGUGGGCUACCAAAGUUCGCCCCACCCCCAUUCUCAACAACCGUCGGCAACCAGACCCUCAACUUCCACGACAUGCUCGUGGUGUUCGGUCCGGAGGGGUUCGUGAUGCCUCUUGUCGCCAUUCUGGAAAGCAUCGCUAUAGCUAGAGCUUUCGCUGGCAGCAAACCCGUAGACGGUACACAAGAAAUGUUAGCCGUAGGCGCCUGUAACAUUGUCUCCUCAUUCUGCCAAGCCAUGCCGACGACUGGGUCCUUCACUAGGACAGCGUUGAACCACGCUUGUGGUGUGGCCACACCCGCCGGCUCCAUGUUCAAAGCUUUUCUAGUCCUCCUGUCAGUGACGUUACUCACUGACGCGUUCUACUACAUACCCCGCGCCGUGCUAGCGGCCGUCAUCAUGGUCGCUAUGAUGUCCAUUAUAGAACUCGCUAUCAUACCGACGCUAUGGAGGAAUAGCAAGCUCGAGUUGUUAGUGUACUCGGGUACAGUGCUAGUGGGGUGUACCCUCGGGCUGGAGUACGGCAUCGCGGCGGGCGCGGGCGGGGACGCGCUGCGCGCACUAGCGAGGUCGGCGCGACCGCAGCUACACCCCGCCGGCUUCAAGGUCGGCAACCAGUCGUGCGUGUCCCUGACGCUGCCGGGCGCGCUCGGGUACGCGGGCGCGGAGCACUGCGCGGGCGCGCUGCGGGCGCAGGCGGGCGCGGAGCACUGCGCGGGCGCGCUGCGGGCGCAGGCGCGCGCGGCGCCCGCGUCGCUCGUAGUCGUGCUAGACGGGAGACUGCUGGCAAGUGUGGACCUUGGGGUUGUUGAGAGCCUCAUCUCCACGAUCCUGGACCUGGAGGAGCAUGGUCACCGGUUCCUCUUCUGGAACUUCUCCCCGCGACACCAGAGGCUUCUGGUGGAGUUGCAGCCUAACUUCGAGGAUAAAUUCGUGACUGGACCCAGCAUGGACCAGCAUAUAUUAGCUUUAGACAUCCAAAGAAGACCGACGGUAGUAUACUGAAAAUAGUGAAAAUAAGAAACUUCCAUUAGAGAAAAUUUUACACCUACACCAAAGUAUACGUCGUAAGUCCUGUAAAUACUUCAGCUUACUCCAUAUAAAUCAGAUACCUACAAUCACAGGGCGGACACGCUAUACAUCAAAAAUCACUCACGUUUCUAUGUGUGAACGGCACGUUUGUACACGCGUCAUGCGUCAUAGUGUGAGUAAGUUGCUUAAAAACAGUACUGAGAGUACGCCAGAAGUCCGCCAGAUUUCUGUCGCGGGGCGAGGUAAGUCGAGUCGGGGCGGGGCGGGGCGUGGCCGUUCUGUAUGACAAUACUAUUACUUAUUCUGUGCUACAGAUACAGUAGAUCGACCAAAUGAAUAUUUGUGACGAUCCACGAGUAAAGAUGCCUUAUUACGGUUGGCGCUUACGUCACGUAGCACCGCAUUAGUCGUUAAUAACAUCGUAAGCGCCG